GAUGUUAGAGGACACUUCACCCAAACAUGGAUUCUGUCAUCAUUUCCUCACCUUCCAGUUGUUCAAAAACUGUAUAAAUGUCUUUGUCCUGAUGAACACAGAGAAAGAUAUUCAGAAGAAUGCUUAUAACCAGACAGAUCUUGCCCCCCAUUGACUCCCAAAGUAUCCCUUUAAGGUACUGUGAUAGUGUGUAUGCUCAGCACAAUAAACUGCUGUGAUCAUGUGACCCUCUGACCCUUAAAGAACUCCAUCUGAACAUCUGCCCACUACUUUAACUCUCUGUGAUGCAGAGAUAUGAGCACGACACCUCAAGAAACAUAAUUUUUGUUGCAAUAUUCAUGCCAAUAAACCCGUUUCACACACGUCACACAGUCUCAUUGCUCUUCAGUUAUUGUUGUUAGACGAUCUCCUCUCUUUUGAUGUUAACACUGGUACACUCAUACUGGUGCUUUACAAUCUCGAUGGGACGAAAUCUCUAGUAAUAGUUUUGGUUUACAAACUACGUCAUCGCCGGCUGCGCAGACAUCACUCUCGGCUUCGACCUUGACCGGUGACGUCACGGCGACGGCGCGUGAGCGCGCUCGGGAUACGUUUAAAUGAGACACGAACGAGUGGAAACUCGCACACUCCGCGCGCACUCACGGAAUUUGAUUGGUCGAGAUUCAUAUCAAACAGAUGGGUCUAAUUCUGUGCUGCUGGCUAAGUGACAGACAUGUUAAAAAGAAAACAUCGCCAUCACCAUCAUCAUUCUUUUCUCAGUUUUCAGUAGCCCCGCCCAUUCGUCUCGCUGUGCUGUUAGGCACGCCCCCAGUUGCCCAUGGAAACCCUCGAUCCCAGUGGAGCCAGACUCACAUCUCUUCCAAUCUAAAGAUGUGCCCAUCGGGGGUGUGCGUGACCCGUGACCGCGUGGAGCAGAGCAGCGAUGCAGUUCGUGCGGCGGCGGGCGUGGCCACGGGGCUCCAUAUGUGGGAGGUGCUGUGGGAGGCACGACACAGAGGGAGCCACGCCCUGUUGGGUGUGGCCACACGCGAAUGCCCCCUGCAUGCCUCCGGCUACACUCCGUUGAUAGGCAUAAACUCAUGUUCUUGGGGGUGGGAGCUCACGACUGGUCAGCUCUGGCAUGAUGGGAAAGAGGUGGGCAGGUACCCUGAGGGCGGAGCCAGCGAAAGGUUAAGUGCUCCGGACCGUAUAUUGCUGGUUGUGGACGCAGACGCAGGGAUGCUGGGAUACGUGGUGGAUAACUGCUAUUUGGGAAUCGCCUUUGCAGGCCUACCCAGUGGGGCGGAGGUUUUUCCAGCUGCUAGCUGUGUUUGGGGAGGAGCUAAAAUCCGCUUACGCUACCUGUGCGGCAUGACCCGUGACCCACCGCCGCUACAAACUCUGAGUGCUUUGUGUGUUUGUCAGAGGCUCAGAUCUCAUCUGGACUCAAUCCCACCCGCUGCACGCCGACUCCUGUUCAUCACAAUAACAUCCAACACUUAAAGGAGAAUAGGACCUGAACACUGUUUAAAUGUUAUCAGACUAUUACCAAUGAAUACAAAUGUCAACAUUAUAAUGAUGGAAGUGCUUCACACGUUAAUACCGCGAUAUAUCAUUUUUCAAUGCAAGUUUAUGUAUAUAGUGCCAAAAGAAAUCACAAAGGAAGAUUAUUAUCAGCGCUGAGGGGAGUAAUGAUAUUACACCUUGUGUACUUAAGUGCUUAAAAUACAAAAUGAGUGUGACUGCUUUUUAUUUCAGUUACUUUUAAAUGGGUUGUAAUCAAAUUAUAGUUGCAUCCAAAAAGUGUUUUAGAUUACCAAAGUGAUUACUUGGAAUUUGAACGUCAUUAUUUCAUUAAACAUAAUAAACUGUAAUGGGCAAUUCAUGUAAACAGCAGUCUGUGAUUCUCUGACUCUGACAAUCUGCAAAAGCAUCUUAAACUAAACUUCUUUUGAACAAAUAUUUUAAUGAAAUAAAAGGUGUCUGGGUCCAAAGAUAAAUUAUGAUAAUUUUGUUACAUAUUCUACAAAACUGGACAAACUGAACUGAAUUUAUACAGAUUUCCACAUUAAAUAAAUGUACAGCCUUGCAUCUUUAUGGUCUGUUGGUACCUGAAUGUUUUGUACUAGUUGUUUGUGAGUUUUUGGUUUAAUUAAGUUUUAGGUAAUUGUGACAUUUUGUCUUACAGUUCAGAUUUUUUAGGAUUGAGACAUACACUCACACUUGUGGAUUACAAUGUCCAAUGGUGGAAAACUGUAAAAUUGAUGUUAUUGUAUAAAAUAAAAUGCAAA